UAGUUCGAGUCAGCAUGCCAAAGUAGACAUAGGGGUCGCCCUAAAAAAAAAAACGAAAAUCAUAUAUUUUUGUAAAAAUCGUUCUCGUUUCUCUCAAGCUACUUCAAGAAAAGUAUAUAUAAAUGGAGAGAAAUCACAAGAAGGGCGGCCGCAUUCUGGUCGAGCGACAGCAACGCUUAUCGAUGCAGAACGGAAAUUGCUUCUACAUUAGAAACACGCAGACCCAGGUGCGUGAGGUCUUAUUUCGCACAGCGGACAAUUUGGGAGUGGAUCGAGGAUCCCUCAUCAAGGUCCCAGACAGAGAGACCCAGGCUCGAGAGCGCCAGCACAUGACCCAGCUGAACAGGCGGAUCAAGUAUGAAAUAGACCAGCUUAAGUUCUUACGCCGCAAUAUUAUACAAAACCCCGUCGAGUACAAAGCUUCAGAGUCGUAUAUGGAGCUGCACGAUAAGGAGUUCUCCGCGGAAGAGUCGUCGGAUGAGGGCCAAUCCUGUGACACUGGUGACCAGCGAAUAAUACAGACCCUGAGCUGUACAACCGUGUUACACACAAACAAGAGGUGCAAACGUGCUGAAGGUGGCUGCAAUUACAUACCCCGGCAGAGGAACAAGUGUCGCGACCUGGAGCCGCGAUCUGUACAUCAGUGUGAUUAUGGAAACAGCUCAGGAUGUGUCGCCUGUUUUGCCGGUGCGCAGCAACAUUUUCAAGACGAUAACAACGACGCAUGCUGCACGCUGCAGCCAAGUGUAGAGUCGUAUAUGGAGCUGCACGAUAAGGAAUUCUCCGCGGAAGAGUCGUCGGAUGAGAGCCAAUCCUGUGACACUGGUGACCAGCGAAUAAUACAGACCCUGAGCUGUACAACCGUGUCCCACACAAACAAGAGGUACAAACGAGCUGAAGGUGGCUGCAAUUACAUACCCCGGCAGAGGAACAAGUGCCGCGACCUGGAGCCGCGGUCUGUAUAUCAGUGUGAUUAUGGAAACAGCUCAAGAUGUAUCGCCUAUUUUGCCGAUGCGCAGCAACAGUUUCAAGACGAUAGCAACUACGCAUGCUGCAGGCUGCGGCCAAGUGUACCCAUACCUGUAGUGCCCAGUCCGUGCUGUCAGUAUCAGCCGAGCUGGGCGUGUGUCUUACCGGCUCCGUUCAAUCCGCGAACGACGACCGACUUGAACACUGAGGACUUCUGUCGCAGUUGGUGUGCCUGCGUCAUGCCCGACCGUGCUCAAAAACUAAAGCAUAGGAGCCACCGAGCUUCGGAGGACCCAUCCCGGUCGAAGAGCCGGAGCUCCUCAAAAGGUAGCAGAGCGGUGGAUGAAAAGAUACGCAGUAAGCUGAAGAAGAGCGGAGCCGCAAUCGACACCUCCUCGCUGGACCAGUACAAUGUCGAGAGUCACGAGAAGCUUCUGAAGGUCACAAUGCGGAAGGAAUCCAAGUCAAAAUCAUCCACACGCAGGCGGGGAUCCAAGUCCCAGGCAGUAGUGGGAAAACUCAAAACAGAAGGGAAGGAAAUAGACGAGCAAGCGGAUAACACCACCAAGGGCCAAAAGUUCUUCGAAUACAUGGACAAGUACGAGAACGAAAACGAAAACGGCGAGGCCGGAAGUGAACAGGGAAAAGCAGGCGAGGGAUCCCAGCUGGAAUCGAAUCCCACCUACACUAGAAUCCCACAUAUAAAGCGGGAGCCCGGGGAAUCAAAGUAUAACGAAAUCGCUUUCACCCCUGAUAAAAAUAAGGAGACGGCCUGUCUUGACUCUUGUCCAGCAGUGAAUUGUAAGCCCCCGCAAUCAGCAUAUGAGGAGAGAGGCGUCUGCGACAAGGAAAAAUGCGUUUGCGCUGGCCAGAAAGACAAAACGGAAGCAGAAUACAAAUACCAACACCCCGCACAGGAUGAUGGACGCGAACCGAAAUCGGGAGAAGAGUUAGUCUGUCUUGACUCUUGUCCAGGAGGGACUUUUAAGCCCCCGAAAUCCGCAUAUGACGAAGGGGUUCCAAUUUCCACAACUGAUAAAAUAGCUGAGAGGGGCGAAGCCGUUUCCCACAAGGAAAAAUGCCCUUGCGUUACCCAGGAAGUCCAAACUGAUGAUGAAUUCGUCAAGAAAGAGACGAGGCUGACUCAAACGGAUCUGAAGUUGCAAGAGGAGCAACUCACCCAAACUGACCCCCAAGGGAGUCAACACGAGGGACCUGCGCAGACCGACAUGGGCGGCAGUCGCCUCGAUAUGCUCACCAAAAACGAUCUCCAGGGAAGUCAACAAGAGAGCGUUCCAAUUUCCACACCUGAUGAAACAGGUGAGAGGGGCAGAGCAGUGUGCCAGAAGGAAAAAUGCGCUUGCGUUUCCCAGGAAGCCCAAACGGAUGGAGAAUACACCAACGAACGCCCCGUACAGGAUGAUGGGCGUGACCCGAGAGCUGAACAAAAGGGACUUCUUGACUCUUGUCCACGAGUGACUGGAAAGACCCCACAAUCAGCAUAUGACGAUGAAGUUUCAAUUUCCACCUCUGAUAAAAGAGUUGAGAGGAGCAAAGCCGUGUGCCGCAACAAAAAAUGCACUUCCGCUGCUCAGGAAUUUCAACCGGAUGGAGAGUACACAUACCAACGCCCCGCACAGGACGAUGGACGUGACCCGAGAGCUGGACAAAAGGGAGUCUGUGCUGACUCUUGUCCAGGAGUGACUGGAAAGCCCCCGGAAUCAGCAUAUGAUGAAAGGGAUCAAAUGUCCACCUCUGAUAAAAGAGCUGAGAGGGGCAAAGCCGUGUGCAGCAACAAAAAAUGCGCUUGCCUUCUCAAGGAAGUACUAGGUGAUGGAAAAUUCACAGGCCAACUCCCCGCUCAGGAAGAUAGAAGUGAAUCGAGAUCUGGACAAAAGGGAGGAGUUCCAGGAGUGACUGGAAAACCCCCGCAAUCAGCAUAUGACGAUCAAGUUUCAAUUUUCACACCUGAUAAAACAGUUGAGAGGGACAGAGCUGUGUGCCAGAAGAAGAAAUGCGGUUGCGUUGCCCAGGAAUUUCAAACAGACGGAGAAUACACUAACCAACGCCCUGCACAGGAUAAUGGGCGUGACCCGAGGGCUGAACAAAAGGGAGUCUUUCUUGACUCUUGUCCAAGAGUGACUGGAAAGUCCCCGCAAUCAGCAUAUGAUGAUGAAGUUUCAAUUUCCACCUCUGAUAAAAGAGUUGAGAGGAGCAAAGUCGUGUGCCGCAACAAAAAAUGCACUUCCGCUGCUCAGGAAUUUCAACCGGAUGGAGAAUACACAUACCAACGCCCCGCACAGGAUGAUGGACGUGAUCCGAGAGCUGGACAAAAGAGAGUCUGUGUUGACUCUUGUCCAGGAGUGACUGGAAAGCCUUCGCAAUCAGCAUAUGACGAUCAAGUUUCAAUAUCCACCUCUGAUAAAAGAGUUGAGAGGAGCAAAGCCGUGUGCCACAACAAAAAAUGCACUUCCGCUGCUCAGGAAUUUCAACCGGAUGGAGAAUACACAUACCAACGCCCCGCACAGGAUGAUGGACGUGAUCCGAGAGCUGGACAAAAGAGAGUCUGUGUUGACUCUUGUCCAGGAGUGACGGGAAUGCCUUCGCAAUCAGCAUAUGACGAUGAAGUUUUAAUUUCCACCUCUGAUAAAAGAGUUGAGAGGAGCAAAGUCGUGUGCCGCAACAAAAAAUGCACUUCCGCUGCUCAGGAAUUUCAACCGGAUGGAGAGUACACAUACCAACGCCCCGCACAGGAUGAUGGACGUGAUCCGAGAGCUGGACAAAAGAGAGUUUGUGUUGACUCUUGUCCAGGAGUGACUGGAAAGCCUUCGCAAUCAGCAUAUGACGAUCAAGUUUCAAUAUCCACCUCUGAUAAAAGAGUUGAGAGGAGCAAAGCCGUGUACCACAACAAAAAAUGCACUUCCGCUGCUCAGGAAUUUCAACCGGAUGGAGAAUACACAUACCAACGCCCCGCACAGGAUGAUGGACGUGAUCCGAGAGCUGGACAAAAGAGAGUCUGUGUUGACUCUUGUCCAGGAGUGACUGGAAAGCCUUCGCAAUCAGCAUAUGACGAUCAAGUUUCAAUAUCCACCUCUGAUAAAAGAGUUGAGAGGAGCAAAGCCGUGUGCCACAACAAAAAAUGCACUUCCGCUGCUCAGGAAUUUCAACCGGAUGGAGAAUACACAUACCAACGCCCCGCACUGGAUGAUGGACGUGAUCCGAGAGCUGGACAAAAGAGAGUCUGUGUUGACUCUUGUCCAGGAGUGACUGGAAAGCCUUUGCAAUCAGCAUAUGACGAUCAAGUUUCAAUAUCCACCUCUGAUAAAAGAGUUGAGAGGAGCAAAGCCGUGUGCCACAACAAAAAAUGCACUUCCGCUGCUCAGGAAUUUCAACCGGAUGGAGAAAACACAUACCAACGCCCCGCACAGGAUGAUGGACGUGAUCCGAGAGCUGGACAAAAGAGAGUCUGUGUUGACUCUUGUCCAGCAGGGACUUGUAAGCCCCUGCAAUCAGCAUAUGACGAAAGGGAUCAAAUUUCCACCUCUAAUAAAAGAGUUGAGAAGGACAGGGUGCGUCGCAACCUGAAAUGCGAUUGCCGUGCCCAGGAAGUCCAAAAUGAUGAAGAAUUAUCCAAGAAAGUGACGAGGUUGACUCAAACGGAUCUGAAAGCGCUAGAGGAACAAGUUACGCAAACUGACCCGCAGGGGAGUCAACAAGAGACAGUCCCCCAAACCGAUGUCCAGGGAAGUCAACACGACGGAAUUACCCAAGCCGAUCUCCAGGGGAGCCAACACGAGAGGCUCGACCAAAACGACCUCCAGGAAAACCAAUACGAAGGACUCGUCCAAACAGAGCCGGAAAUCAACCAUGAAAUCGGCAGCGGUAAAUCGGCUAUAUCGGGCGUGGCCGUCAGUAAAGCGGAACAAUUUUCGACAUGGUCGCCAAAUGAUGACAAAGAUGUCCAAGAUGUCCAAACUGCAUCGCAGAAAGAGAAGAAGCAAAAUCAGCGUCAAGACUCACCAUCAGCUUUAUCAAGGAAAAUUUAUAGUGCUCAAUCCCCUUCUUCGCAAAAAUAUAUGAAAUAUAUUAGUCGAGGAUCCCUAACAGAGCAAUCUGAACAAGAUGCAGAUGCAGAACACCGUAGCAACAGUCGCCGCUAUCCGGCUAAGCAGUGCCAGUGUAAGCCAGUGUCCUCCGGCCCCAGCCAACAAACGCAGGUCCUCGAGGAACCCAAAGAGCAACAGUACCUAGUUGACGACGAAGACAUUCCAGUUGGUACAGCGUGUCCCUUAAAAAAGUCGUCGCCAUUCUGUGAUCCAUUGCCUCCGGCGGCUAAGUGUGACCUUCAUCCAGCGGGAUGUUACUGUGACACCAACCAACCAAAGGUCGAGAAGCCAAAAACUUCCGGUAGAGUCAAGCAUACAGAGCGAUCUAGGAAGUCGUCGCCCACGAAUAACAAAUCCCAACAGAAAGGGCCCGACAAUACCAAGCAGUAUCAACAAUACGAGUCCACGUAUCAGUACAGCUACGGGCGCUCUGAGGAUGCAGAAAAUGUAGACAGCAGUGGUACUGGUACCACCAGUAAUAAUAUGGAUAAUGAACCGUCUAAGGUUCUCAACAAGAAGCAUGUUCAGGCACAUGGCUGUGACACUGAUUGCAGUGGGCGUAGUCUCUCCGGAUGCAACAUCUCCAUAGACAGCUACCUUGGGCCACAGGCAACGUCCUCGCGUCGUAUAAAUUAUCAGUACUCAAAUGGCAGCACAUAUAAUCCGCCCAACCAAUCUCUAGUUCCAAGACUCCCAGCACUGUGUCAGUUGUCUGGCGCCUUCAACUGUGCCACAGCCGAUAAUGAUGCGUGUAAGCAAGUGGUGCCGAUUUAUGUCUGCGAGAAGCGUACACGCUCUGUCACCUUCGAGGAUGAGUGCGGGAAAGUGCGGGCGAUGCGCAAUAUUGCGGACAAUAUUCGAAGCAGAAUUGACUGGGAGCGGAUCGUAAAGACACGUAUGAGCCAGUCGGAUUGCGAUACCGACAGCACCAGUCAGUCGAACGCUGCCUUCGGAAGAAUGUAUUCCACCGAAGACAACAACGGCGGAUACUCUUGCCGAUCCAGCAAUUCUGCCGCCACCGAGAUUACCUGCAUGGGGUCAGAAUACCAGACUGUAUACGGGGAAGACUUCAGCAACAACGAGGAUGAUUUCGGGUUGCCGCAAUUCGCACACUGCCCCUGCUUGCUCAGAACCUACGUCAGCCUGGCCUCCAUCUGCACGAACGACAGCCGAUCCAUUCUGCAGGAGGACGAGGAGCAGAAGGAGUAACGUUAGCACAAAUUUUAAUUUCGUUUUUACAAUUUUUAUUAUACAACUUCGAGAGCCUCUAAGAACAUAAAAUUUGAGUUAAAAUGAAA